AUGGGUGCGUAUUUUGGAGUUUCUACAAUAUUUAUUUUCUGUUUGCUGGGGUUUUCAGCCAAUGCCGAGGUAUUCAACAUUGGUUCCUCUUCAGGUUCUGAUAUUACUCAGGCACUUCUGAAAGCAUUCACAUCCGCAUGCCAAUCUCUCUCACCGAGCAAAGUGGUGAUCCCAAAAGGAGAGUUCAAGCUUGGUGAGAUCGAGAUGAGGGGUCCAUGCAAAGCUCCAGUCGAGAUCACCCUUCAAGGCACUGUCAAAGCUGACGGUAACGCGAUCCAGGGAAAGGAAAAAUGGGUUGUCUUCGGCAACAUGAAUGGGUUUAAGUUGAACGGAGGUGGAGUUUUCGACGGUGAAGGAAACGCAGCUUGGAGAAGAGUCAAUAACUGCCACCAGACUUUCAACUGCAAGAAACUUCCCAUCAGUAUAAGGUUUGAUUUCGUGGAGAACGCUGAGAUCAAAGACAUAUCAUCGAUAGACGCCAAGAACUUCCACAUCAACGUGCUCGGAGCCAAGAACAUGACCAUGAGUAACAUCAAGAUCACCGCUCCAGAAGACAGUCCCAACACUGACGGUAUCCAUUUGGGAAGAAGCGACGGAGUCAAGAUCCUUAACUCCUUCAUCUCCACCGGAGACGACUGCAUCUCCGUUGGAGAUGGGACGAGCAACCUUCACGUGGAGAAAGUCACGUGCGGUCCAGGACAUGGAAUCAGCGUGGGAAGCCUUGGAAGGUACGGAAAAGAGCAAGAUGUUAGCGGCAUUAGGGUCGUGAACUGCACACUCCAAGAGACUGACAACGGGCUGAGGAUCAAGACAUGGCCGUCUGCUGCUUGCUCUACCACUGCCUCCGAUAUUCAUUUCGAGGAUAUCAUCGUCAAGAACGUUACCAACCCAAUCCUCAUCGACCAAGAGUACUGCCCUUGGAACCAAUGCAACAAGAAGAAAGCAUCAACGAUUAAGCUUGUGAACAUAAGCUUCAAGAAUGUCAGAGGAACAUCAGGGAACAAGGAUGCAGUGAAGCUAUUGUGCAGCAAGGGAUAUCCAUGUCAGAACGUCGAGAUUGGAGAUAUUGAUAUUAAGUACAGCGGAGCAGAUGGUCCAGCUACUUUCCAGUGCUCAAACGUAAGUCCCAGACUCUUGGGAGCUCAGAGCCCUGAAGCUUGCAGCAGCCCCGUGACCAAACUACCCGGCCAAUAAGUAGAAGCUCAAAACUAUUAACCUAAAACACCCACCCAUACAAUAUUGUUAUAUUUUCUAUACAAAAAUUAACUAUGAUCUAUGAUGUAUGCUAUUAACCCCAAAAAAACUAUUAACACUUUCAAUUGCCUCGAUCGGUUCAAGCCACAUAGAGUUUUGCCUCAACGAGGGAAUUUGGUUUUACAUAACUAAUGAGCCAUUUAUUCUAUGGUUAGUGCAAACUGCGAACUCUAGUCACUGAAUCAUUGGUGUAUGCACGUUAAAAAGCCUAUGUAGACUUUGAUAAACAAUUGUGUAAGUGAAGCUUCCGCAGUAGUUCAAGAUGGUCAGUAGUAGUUUGGCUCCCAAGUUUCUUUUUUUUGGGAUCAACGUAGAGAAAAGAAAUUGUGUGGAGGAUACAUAAUUACAUAUCAUUAGGAUU